GGCCGAUGCUGGGGCAGCCGAUGCUGGGAUGGCUGCUGGUGGCACUGGUGGCGGGCGGCACCACUGCAGUUCCCGACCUCUCCUGCUGGAAGCGAUGUGGCUUCCGCUGGUUCCUCUGCUCCUGGCCACCCCUCGGCCCUGCCGGCAACACCUCCUAUGUCCUGACCCUCUGCUACACAAUGCCCAGGCGGUGCCAGCAGUUCCAGGCUGGCACAAAGACAACCUACACCCUGAAGCAUCACCAAGUCUAUGUCCUCACCAACACCACAGCCUGGGUGGAGGCACACUGGGGGGACCACAUCCACAGGACCCCCAACCGCACACUGUACUUCAAUGAGGCUGUCAAACCAGAUCCACCCUCCACUGGGAUGCCCUUCACCAAAACCAGCAACCGGCUCCGGCUGCGGGUGCCGAGGCCACUGUGCUACAGUGGGAGCCGGUCACCGCAGCGUGAGGCUCGAUUCCGGAAGAUGGGAACCCAUGGCUGGAUGCAGGUGACGUGCGAGACAGUGACAGACGAGGAUGACUCAGUGACCUGCACCCUGGGGGGGGACGGUGCCCUUGAGGUCCAGCUCCGGCACAAGCUCCCCCACUGGAGCAGCUACUGGAGCGACUGGAGCAGCUCCAUCUUCAUCCCUGCAGAAAUCCUGGAGAGCCCAGUACUGAGCUACCAGCUUGGCAAACUGGGAAGAGAUGGGCAGCGGGUGCUGAGGCUGAGCUGGCAGCGAGCCCCGGAGGAGCAAGGGGACGUCACCUACACCCUGCGUGCCCACAUGCUGGCAUGUGGCUGUGCCAGGCUGUCCGAGGAGGAUGCUGUGGUCCUAGGGAGGGAUGUGACAAUGCACAACCUCACCCUGUGCGGGGCUGAGUACGAGAUCCUGCUGACAGCAGCCAAUGCGGCCGGUCCGGGGCCGGCACGGCAGCUCCGUGUGCCCGCAGAGCAGCGGCCAGAUCUCGGCUUCAAGGAUGUCAGUGUGACCGGUGGCACCAUGGCUGUGUGGUGGGAAGCACCGAGCCCUGGAUCUCUCUAUUGCUUCGAGCAGCAGCCACUGCCAGGAACCCCAAAACCAGGCACCUGCAUCAAACGGGAUUAUCCUGCCAAAAGCAUCCACGUGGAGAGAGGAGCACUGGAAGUGCAGGCCUGUCACCGCCUUGCCGUGCAUGGCUGGGCCCCAGCACGGGGCUGGGCCACCUUCGCCCUGCAGCAUCACUAUGCCAGCAACACCUCGCUGGCCGUGCCCAUCCGCAUCAAUGCCAGCGCCGAGGAUGCUGCCAUCACCCUCCAGUGGAGCCCGUCCCCCCGUGCCACAUGUCCUGGGGUAUUGGCCAAGUACCUCAUCUGCCAUGCAGCUGAGGGGGACAACGUGACCUACAGUGAAGCAGAUGUCACAGCAUCACACUACACCCUCCGGCACCUACAGCCCGACACAGCCUACAGGGUGAGCGUUCAGGAGGUGACAGCAGGGAGCAAAGGGACCUGUGGUGUUUGGUGGCACUUCCAGACCAAGGCACUGGGUGCCCAAGGAGCAGCAUGGAAAUCCAACCUCAAGUACUUGGGCAUCUCACUCGGGGUCCCUGCUGUGGCUGCCAUCUACCAGCUGAACAAGAAGAGGGUUCGGCGCCUCCUCUUCCCACCCCUUCCCAAGCCCACGAGCAGCAAAGCCAUCCAGCUGUGCACCAGUGAAAGGAGCCAGGGCCAGCCCUGGCCAGGCUUUGUGGAGCCCUCGGAGAGGUUCAGCCCUGCUGAGCUGCUGCUGACGGAGCUGAACCCCAGCAAGGAGGUCCCUGAUGGCAGCACAGAGCCCAGUGAGCCACAGCCUGGCCCCAUGGCUGAGGAACCGGUGGUCGUGGGCCCACUGGGCUGGGAGAAGGAGCUGCACUUUGCCUACCGCAGGCAGGAGGUGCUGAGCCCGGCAGGAUUCCCAGUGCCAGGCCACCCAUCCGAGGAGGAGGAGAAGGAAGAGGAGGGAAGUGGGGAGCUCAGCCAGGCUCUGGUCCCCAUUGCCCUGCUCAUCUCCGACAAACCCAUCAUCAUCAGGGACCCAUCGCUGGAGAAGGUGGUGCCAUAACCAUCACCAGGGAUGGAUGGCAGAGGGGUUUCCCAUGGGAUGCUGAGCACCCACCCCAUGGGUUCAUGGUCACAGCAUCACUCUGGGGGGGGUGUCUGGUUUUCAGGACAUGAAGGUGAUGCUUCCAGAUGCAGCACUGCAUGAGGCCAGGGGCUGGCCAUGUACCUCCCAUUGCUGAUAAAGAAGGAGGGAAGUGGAUGGAAAGUCCAGUCUGGGAUGAGGAUAUUCCUUUGGCAGGAUCAGGAUAAGAGGCAGAGCUUGCUCCUGCCCUCCUGCCCCAGCCAGGCCCAGCAUCACCCGGCAGGAUGGGGCUCAAACACUGAACACCAUCCACUUGCAAAACCUAAAACCUGUAAGGAAGA